AUGACAGACCAUCAAGCUAUUCUUGACGAAGAAUUCGAGGUGUUGGAAAGUAUUUUCCCACCGGAGGAGAUCCAAAGAAAGAACGAAAGAUGUAUGGCUAUCUUGGUAACUCCUGACGAAUCAUCAUCUUCACAUUCCCUUUCUAUAUAUAUCAUAGUGAACUACCCACCUGAUUAUCCCGAUGUGAUCCCACUUUUCUCCUUGGAGCCAGAGGAUGGGAUACCUUUAGAUACGGAGGAAGAAGAGAAACUCUUGGGAAUAUUAAAACAAGUGGCAGAAGAAUCUGUAGGUAUGGCAAUGACUUUCACCCUCGUUUCCGCUAUCAAAGAAUCAUUGAUGGAAUUGAUACAUGAAAGGAUAAGAAGAGAAAAGGAAGAAGAUGAUCGUCGAGCUAGGGAAUAUGAAGAGGUGGAAGCGAAGAAAACACGUGGGACACCAUUGACCAGAGAAACGUUCGAACAAUGGCGUAAGGGAUACAUGUCUGAACUCAAGAUUAAAAGGGAGAAAGAAGAAGAAGAGAGAGUAAGAGGAUUACCUCCUAAAGAGAGAGAAGAAUGGAAGAGAAGGAAAGAAAGACCUACUGGGAAAACAUUAUUCGAAGUUGGUGGUGCUAUGGAAGAUAUCAAAUUAUAUGAAGAAGAAUCCAACGAAGUUGAUUUAACUCAAUAUACUCGAGAAGAAAGAGAAAGACAAAGAUUGGAAGAAGAGGAAGAAGAAGAGAAAAGAAGAGAUGGUUUAGUACGUGGUGAUGAGAGUGAUUAA